AUGACAGCGGUCCAUACAUUCACCCUCAACACCGGUGCUAAAAUUCCUGCAAUAGGAUUUGGGACGUGGAAGUCUCCUCCAGGUGAAGUAGCUGCAGCUGUUGAAGCUGCCUUUGACGCUGGUUAUAGGCAUUUCGAUUGCGCACCAUUGUACUACAAUGAAGCUGAGAUAGGCGAGGUAUUCAAAAGGACGAAAGUGCCUCGCUCGGAGUAUUUUGUUACCACAAAACUGGUUACCGUAGCACUUGACAAGUCGCUAUCAGACCUGUGUCUUGACUACGUGGACCUAUAUCUAAUGCACUGGCCUGUAACACUGGAUCCUACAACAGAUGAGAAAUAUGGCAAAGAGAACCGCAAAAUUCACUCCACUGGAUGGGACUUUAAAGAUACAUGGCGAGAAAUGGAGGCCCUUUUAUCAACCGGGAAAGUGAGAGCUAUCGGUGUAGCGAAUUUCUCUACCGUCAACCUAGAGAAGCUGCUCCAAACAGCCAAGGUUGUGCCGGCAGUCAACCAGACCGAAAUUCAACCUUUAUUGCCGCAGGAUAGAUUGCAUGCCUUCUGCCAGGCUAAGGGGAUUCAUCAAACUGCCUUUGGUCCCCUUGGAGGUGCAGCGAGCGGGAAGACUCUACAUCAAUUGAGUGCAAUUAAAGACAUUGCCGAGAAAAGAGGAACAGGCACGGGUAAUGUCAUGCUGAGUUGGGGCGUUCAGAAAGGGUGGAGUGUGAUUCCGAAGAGUGUGAAUCCAGUCCGCAUCAAGCAGAAUUUGAAUGGCAACGUUGUGUUAUCUGAAGAGGAGAUGGCGAGGAUCGAUGAGUUAGCCAGGCCGAAGGGGAAGAGGUUCAACAAACCUGAUUGGGGAACAGUAAUAUUCCACGAUGAUGCACAAGUUGAUCUGGAGGAUUAA